UAUAUGUAUAUUUUCAGAUUUUUAGUUAGAGCCAACACUGUUUAAUAAAACAUGUUCUGAUUCUGCUGGUGUUAUCCCCAGCUAGAAAUUGGUUGCCAAGCAUUGCAUCAUUCCUUUCAUGUGACUCCCAUACGCCCCAAAUUCGUCCUGGCCGUCUUAUGACUGCAUCACAAUUGCUGCUCGUACAAACUAUACAGGCUCGGUGAAGAGAACAACCAGCCCAGACGACCUCCAGCAGCCCGCCUCGGCGCUCGUUUCCCCUCACUCGAUUGGAUGUCGCCAAGGGAAAGAUCUUAACUCCGCGCUCCGGAUUGAGCCGUCACGACGCCGCUCAUCCCAGUCAAAGCUAGGCUGUGACGAAGCCCGUCUUCCCGUGCAUAGUUCGGUUGGCCUGCCCCCCUCCAUAUAAACACCGCCGGGAGUUUCCGAAAAAUCACAUUCAGCCGUCAAGACUGAACAAUGGUUAACAUGAGCUAUCACCAAUUUUUACUAAAACAUCCACAUUCGAGUUCAAGACAGUCGAGAAGGCGAGCGAAUAGAAGAAAAAGGAAUUGUUGGGACAGGCUAUCUCCAACAAAUUGGCAGACUUGAUUAACAGAGACUUUCGAAAGGUCCAGUGUGAACCGUGUGGCCGAGUAUCUGUGAGUUGUGACUGACUGGCGAGAUGACUGCCGAGUGGCUACACCUGCCCCCGCCGUACCCCCCUGGCGUGGGGCCGUUGUGUGGUGCAGAGUUGGAGGCGUGGUAUGAGGACCUGCAGGAUAUUCUGGGCUCCGACACGGGAGGGGCAAAACUAGCACGUGCCCCCACAUGCACCGAGAAGGAGCCGGAGUUUCUGGAUGUUCUGGAGAGUUGUUCUCUGACGUGGCUGACGGACGGAAGCCAGACGUGGGGCGAGGGUGUCCAGAGGGCAACAGAGGAGAUCCACAACACCCAGCCUCUGCAUCACACCUCAUCAUCAUCUUCUUCCUCUUCCUCCUCCUGCAUGAGUCCAGCUGUUGCAGAAGAGCGGCGGGCAGAGGCUGAGAGUGGGAGAAGUGGAGAUAGCUCGGCGGGAGGUGGCAGUGAUCUGCUGCCUCCUGAGUUUUUCGAGUUGCUGAGUGAAGGAGGAGUGGGAAUGGUGGAUCCGAGCGGAGCAGUGAUCAGCGGUGGCUAUUAUUAUCAUCACCAUCAACACCACCAGGCUAAUAAUGUCCAACCUGCGUCUCCCUCAGCCAGCGAGGAGGAACUGCCCUGUGUCCCCGAUUCUCCAUCCUGCUCCUCCUCAGCCUCUCAGUCGCCAUCUCAAAAUUGUUCUUCCCCCUCCUCACCUGUCUCUUCUCCCUCUGUCUACCCAUCCUCGCGCCUGGGAAAACGCAAGAGAACCACCAGCGAGAGGGCCAACAGUGCCUUGUCCUCUUUCGCCUCCUCCACACAACGAACAUCCUCAUCCUACUCGUCAGCCAAAAAGAGUCGCAAAGAAAGAGAGCAGGAGAACGAGAGGAAGGUACAGGAGCUGACGGAGCAGAACGAGCGUUUGAAAGCAGAGAUUGAAAGGCUUGGAGAGGAGGUACAGAGGACACGUAGAGCCCUGAUAGAGAGACUAGUCAACACCAGGAAAUGAGGAGGAAAUGGAAGACAGGAAUAAAAAGAUGACAGGUCCUACAGAAUUGGAAUAAGCAGUGGUGGGAAAAGGAAAGGUGUAAUACAGUGGUCAUGAAAUGCCUCUUAGACAGGAAGGAUGGAAACCAAAGAUAUUUUAUAAGCAAGAUGAUUUUUUUAUGAAAAGACAGAGCUUAAGAUGGCACAAAGUCGCAAAGUGAUGAAAGUCAAGAGAAGAAAAGGCACAGAGAGAAGGGGCUGCAACAGCAUUGCGGCAAAUGAAAAGACACAGCAUGUAUAAAAGAAACGGUAGAACAGGCAGCUCUAAGUGCAGUGAUACAGUGGUUUUGAUGAAUGUUUGUCAUAUUAAAGAAUGCCUAACUCGAAGUUCCUCCAAAUAGGAUGGCACAAAAAAAAAA